AUGCCGGUGAAGCCACCAAACUUCUUAAAGACUGGGACAUGUGGAAACCAUAUGAAUGAAUUGGUACAGGCAAUAAAGAUUCUACGAGCUGGAUACUUUUGGAUGACCAUGGAAAGUGAUUGCUGCAAAUAUGUGCAAAGGUUCCAUCAAUGCCAAAUCUACAGUGAUUUAAUCAAGGUCCCUCUAAGUGAGCUUAAUGCUAUGAGCUCACUGUGUCCUUUCGUUGCUUGCGGCAUGGAUGUUAUUGGACCCAUAGAACCCGCAGCUUCAAAUGGCCACCAAUUCAUUUUAGUUGCCAUUGACUACUUCACCAAAUGGGUGGAAGCAACGUCUCACAAGUCGGUAAUAAAGAAAAUGGUUGCUGACUUCAUACGAAACAACAUCAUAUGCCGGUUCGGUAUACCCGAGUUUGUCAUAACUGACAAUGGAGCUAAUCUGAAUAGCCAUAUGAUGAAAGACAUUUGUGAGUAA